AUGCGUCAACAACUUGACAACAUCACAGCUAAAGAGGUAGUCUUCAAUCCGUACAAGAAUAAUAGAGUUGGCGCAAUGGAAGAUGUCGUGUAUUACCAUGGCCCUUUGUUUCACCCUAACGGCUUUUCAAUGUACAAUCCGAUAAGAAUCAUGCGUCAACUUGGUUUUAUUCAAGAUUCACCCGAUGAGGACUACGUACCUCCGUUCAAGCACAAGUUGGAAAAGUGCGAGGCUGACGAAGCGGGUAUAAAGGUGGCUUAUGAACCUGAAGUUGAUGUCAAGCAUUGGAAUGAUAGACACUCUAGGCUUGUAGACAUCUCAUGGUGGGUGCAUGCGGAUGAAGGUCAUGAGGCAACACCGGAUUACGUCGAAUGGUAUGAAGGCUUUUCCCAUGGUAGGGUGAUAUGGGUAGAUCCGACUCCGGGUAGGAGGACCAACAGAGCAUCCACCUCUUCUUCUUCUCAAGUCGACAGUAGAGAUGCUACUUCCAUUCUGACACUAGUGCGAAUGAAGCUUCUUGCCAAGGCUUUUUGUUUCUUGGCUGACAAAGGGGAAGUGAUGGAUCCUGCGAUGCAACGUCCGUACGCUGAAUACUGCACGCACAUUGAAAAUACCAAUGCAAAGAAGAUGUUCAAGGAUCUGGCUAAGGAAGUCCAAUGGAUUUCAGGGCUUUUAAAACGUUUGUAUGCUCAAUCUGGUCUUCUGUUUGCUAAACCGAGAACUAGCAGUGAUAGCCGAGAAUCCAGCCAAGAAGAAACAAACAAGAUUCUUAGUAACCUUAAGACUUCCUUAUCACAAACUCUCGACUAUUUCUUUCCUCUUGCAGGCCGUCUGGCCGUGACAAAACACGAUGACGAUGGGACCAUAUCGGUUUACAUUAACUGCAACUCCGCUGGUGUUGAAUUCAUCCAUGCUGUGGCAGAUGUUACGAAAGCUGUUCUUCUUAAACCAACCUGCACUGCGGACAUCAUUGACUCAUUCUUCACCUUUGAUGGCAUACGGAAUUAUCAAGGUGUAUCAUUGCCAUUGCUUUCUGUACAGGUGACGGUAUUAACUGACGGCAUCUUUGUGGCCUUUAGCACAAAUCACAGUGUAUGCGAUGGUACAUCCUUUUCGCAUUUCAUCAAUUCAUGGUCUCAGAUAUCUAGAGGCUUAACUCAUAAAUUACAUCCUCCUAUUAUUCUCGAACCUCGCUGGUUGCCCAGGAAAACCAAUUUUCCCAUCCAUCUACCCUUUUCAUCCAUUGAAGCACUAACGAUAGAAAAAUUUAUCCCUUCUCCAGAAUUAAGGAAAAAAACAUUUCAUUUCACACCACAAAACAUCCGAAACUCAAAAGGAAAGCCAACAAUGGAUAUGGUACUACGUUUUCAUCCUUGCAAGUUGUGUCAGCUCAUGUUUGGGUAGCUGUAACGCGAGCUAGACAAUUACAUCCAGAC